GAGAGGCGAUUGAGUAUAGCUGUGUGCAAUGGAUAAACAGAAAUGGUUGGAUUUGGCGGGGUACGCUGCUAUAGGAUGCAGUGCUUACUUUUCCGGGGCUGCUUUGUACAUUAAUAUGGUCCAGGUGCCCACGAUGUUUGCCGUGGCGCCUGAUACCAAAACGCUACUGAAGGAGUGGAGGGAGACUUUUACACGUGCCCGUGUUAUCCAGGGAGGUCUUGCUGUACUUGGUACGGCCUCUGGAUUGACCGUUUACUAUUUCACUGACCGCGGUCAGUAUCGCUACCUCUGGUUGGCUGGAGCCUUGACCUUAUUGUCCGGUAUGCCGUGGACCAAACUGGUCAUGAUGCCAGAUAUCAACAAAUUAAAGGAAGAGGACAUCCUGGAAAGGAAAGGUGAGACUUGGAUUCGUGAGAAGAUCGCACGUUGGAACAGACUCCACGGCUUCAGAACAAUUACAUCGGGUUUGGCAUUCAACCUUAUGAUGGCAGCCGUUUAUCUUGAUAGAAUGAUGUAAUGAAGUACAUUGUGUAGUGAAAUGUUGCUUAUGAAAGCUAUUUUUAAGCAUAGUUAUAAUAUAGGAUUGUGAUUUACCUAUAGCUUGUACCAGUCCUAUUAAUGUAUAUUUACAAGAAAAUUAGAUCGUACUUUUUUCAACACCGGUACUAGAUCUACAUAUUCUGUCUCAAGAAACUGUACUCAGCACAGGUUUGAUUUGUUUUUAUAUAUAUAUACGAUGUUAACUGAACAGGGGAGAAGUUUUUAUGUGUCAUCCUAUAAUAAAUUUGAUCCAAGAGCUGUCGUUCUAUGUUAA